AUGUGCUUAUACGAAACUAAUUUUGGUUCGAUUCCACAGACCCGAAAAUCCCCGUUCCCUUCCAUUUGCAAGUUUUCGGAAGUAGCAAACUGGUUAGGGCAUGGUGGGGUCAUCUUGGUGCUGUUUGAGACGCCCUCUGGCUUUGCACUGCUGAAAUAUAAUGGCGUCAAUCUCUUUCGCUGUGGAGCCUUGAAGGACACAUGGGUACAGUUUACGACGAAAAGGAGAAACUCUGUUGUCUGCCUGCUAGAUUUUCAAAUAUUUAAGGACAAGUCUGUUGCCAUCAACCUUGAAACUGGUCUCAGUUACAAGCUUGUUAAGAUGAUCAGGUCGCAUUAUAGCAGUGGGCAGAAACUUGCUGUUGGGAACAGUGACUACAAAACGAUCAUUGAAGCAAAAUUGAAAAUACACUGCCUGUUUGAUGAACCCGUGAUGGAAUUGAUGUGGGGCCUGAAGCACAUAAUGAAGAGUUUAGUGCCCACUGAAACAUGUGAGCUGACUACGGAGGACCGCCGCCAUAUGAGUAAAGGAAUGCAAUUGAUCCUAAGUAACUAUGGCUUCAAGGUGGAGCCAGAGAUGGUCGAUGAAGAUCUUAUCACUAUAGCAACUGCUGUGUACGAGUCUGACUACCACGUGAAUAGGUUUGCUGAGUUUUUGCACCGUGAUGGUGAAUAUCUGAAGGAGGUAUCUGGUAUUGAUUGUCAGAAUUGGGAUCUACAAAAACUUGCUGCUGCCCUUAAAUUACUAUCUUACCCUAACGAUGAAAUCGAAACUGGCACUUCUAAUGAGGAGAUCCUGUUUGCCCGUGCUGUCAGGAGUAGGGUGCUGGUGUCCUUGAAGGCCAAAGCCAUGGGUAAGAAGAAGAAUCACGUCAACAUUGUGGUCAUUGGCCACGUCAACUCUGGCAAGUCGACCACCACCGGCCACCUGAUCUACAAGCUUGGAGGCAUUGACAAGCGUGUGAUCGAGAGGUUUGAGAAGGAGGCCGCUGAAAUGAACAAGCGGUCCUUCAAGUACGCGUGGGUGCUUGACAAGCUCAAGGCUGAGCGUGAGAGAGGUAUCACCAUUGCUAUUGCUCUGUGGAAGUUCGAGACCACCAAGUACUACUGCACUGUCAUUGAUGCCCCUGGACACCGUGACUUCAUCAAGAACAUGAUCACUGGUACCUCCCAGGCUGACUGUGCUGUCCUUAUCAUUGACUCCACCACUGGUGGUUUUGAGGCUGGUAUCUCUAAGGAUGGCCAGACCCAUGAGCAUGCUCUCCUUGCUUUCACCCUUGGAGUGAAGCAGAUGAUUUGCUGCUGCAACAAGAUGGAUGCGACCACUCCCAAGUACUCCAAGGCCCGCUGCGAUGAGAUUGUUAAGGAAGUCUCAUCCUACAUCAAGAAGGUUGGAUACAACCCUGACAAGAUUGCUUUUGUCCCAAUCUCUAGUUUUGAUGGUGACAACAUGAUUGAGAGGUCCACCAACCUUGACUGGUACAAGGGCCCAACCCUGCUUGAGGCUCUUGACCAGAUCACCGAGCCCAAGAGGCCUUCGGACAAGCCUCUGCGUCUGCCCCUCCAGGAUGUUUACAAGAUUGGUGGUAUUGGAACUGUCCCGGUUGGUUGUGUGGAGACUGGUGUCAUCAAACCUGGGAUGGUUGUCACCUUCGGUCCAACUGGCCUGACCACUGAGGUGAAGUCUGUUGAGAUGCACGACAAGGCUCUCCAGGAGGCCCUUCCUGGUGAAAAUGUUGGCUUCAACGUGAAGAACGUGGCUGUGAAGGAUCUCAAGCGUGGGUAUGUGGCCUCCAACUCCAAGGAUGACCCUGCCAAGGAGGCUGCCAGCUUCACGUCCCAGGUCAUCAUCAUGAACCACCCUGGGCAGAUCGGCAACGGCUAUGCCCCAGUGCUGGACUGUCACACCUCCCACAUCGCUGUCAAGUUUGCUGAGCUCAUUACCAAGAUCGACAGGCGGUCUGGCAAGGAGCUUGAGAAGGAGCCCAAGUUCCUGAAGAACGGUGACGCUGGUAUGGUGAAGAUGAUUCCCACCAAGCCCAUGGUGGUUGAGACCUUCUCUGAGUAUCCUCCUCUGGGUCGUUUUGCUGUCCGUUACAUGAGGCAGACGGUAGCUGUUGGAGUCAUCAAGAGCGUGGAGAAGAAGGACCCGAGUACCCGACUGGUGCCAAGGUGA